AUGGGCCAAGACGAAGAUCGUGAGAGCCUUGACAACAAUUCCAGGAUUGCUCUUGAGUAUUCCACCACCCUGGAAUUUCCGACGGUGGAUCAUGUAGUCUCAUGGCUGCUCCGCGUUAUCUACCUGCGACUGACGGGUUCGCCGCAAGCAACUUGGCUGGCCAGCUGUACGCUAAUGCAUUUCAUCGAGACAACCAGAUUACAUAUAGAGCCAUCCAGUCAGAUCCAAUCCUCCACUUGCGGCAACGAGUAUGAUCCCGAGCUUAGAAGACGCAUCUAUGGCGUAGCUCGACUGUUUCACAUGUGGAUCUCGUACGAUUACGGGCGCCCUCCCAUGGAGCUCCGCGGGGCGACUUGUUCCCUUCCCAAGGAGUCAUGGACAUCAGAUCAGAUCGCCGUCUGGCAGAUAUCCGAUUCCUUGGAUCCCGAUAGACCACUUGAUCCCGCGACGUUGGAGCAGCUGCUCCACCAGACCGUGGAGCUUCAGCUGCCACACACCGUGCUGCAGUUGAAGCGUUGCAAUAUUGGGCUGUGCAUCUACCGCCGACUCCGAUUAGCUGGCUGCUCCGUCUCCGACGCUACGGUGAAUAAGGUCCUGGGCUUGGUUGAUGAGAGCCAUGAUCUCGUGGAGGAGCUAGCUGCCGAAAUAAAGCCAUGGUGGCACAUUUUGAAUGUCCCGUUCCAAGCACUCUGCGUUUUGCUAGCUCUGGAUACACGAGAAUCGCUGGAGCGUGUGUCUCAAACCCUGAGCACCUUACGGAUGAUAUCCCGGGAAUACUACACCGAUUCCGUGAAGGAGACUCUUGCCAGCGCUUGCUCGCUGUUAUGUAUUCAGUCGCAGCAGAAGCAGGAUGAUAUCAAGCUGCUCAGGAAGGCGGAGGAGUAUAUGCUUCAGUGGGGGGACCUCCAGGACCCUUUCUUGAAUGAUUAUCCUAUUCCUUCUGCUGAGCCAGCAUCACCGACAGCUAAACCUGUGCCCCCUACUGCCCCGGACUUUCCGUGGGAUCUUGACCGACUCGUCUCGAUGAACAUGUUUGAGUAUUGGGAUUUGGAUGCAUGA